AUGUUCAAGGUGGAAUCCUACGUCACGCCUUUGAUUUUGAGCUACGUGGAGAAGUACAUCAAGAAUUUGCGACCGGAAGAUUCGCAAGUAUCAUUAUGGGGUGGCGAGGUAGUAUUCUCAAACUUGGAUCUGCGUCUCGGGGUGCUUGAGGAGGAAUUUCAGCUUCCGUUUUCAUUUGUCAAUGGCCACAUUCACGAACUGCGCAUUCAAGUUCCUUGGACGCGUCUCGCGACUGAACCAAUUAUCGUAACCGUGAACACUCUUGAAUGCGUCCUGAAAUUGAACGCCGGCAAUGAACGAGAAAGCUUUCACUCAUCCUCGUCCAGAAGUGAGCUUCCAGUUUCUCAAAAGCCGAGCGAUGACGCCCCACCUGGUUACAUCCCAAGUUUGGUUGCCAAAGUGGUUCAAAAUGUUGCCAUUGUUUUCAACAACGUCAUCCUCAAGUAUGUGGAAGAUGAUAUGGUACUUUCACUGAAUGUACGGUCACUGCGUUGGAAUUCUUGCGAUGCUGCGUGGACUCCCGCAUUCAUUGAUGUUGCAUCGAGCGUGGACCUGCAAAUGCGGAAAGUAGCAACCUUGUCGGAUCUCACAAUUUGUUUGGACAAGCGGAAUGCGCACGGGAAAAUAGAUUAUUAUCUUGAUCCGUUGGUUUACCGCUGCACUUUGGAUUGUCGGAUGUCAUUUCUGUAUGACGAAUCUGUGCGACGAAAUGGAGCUAGAAGAGCCAAAGCAACCCAGCUCUCCAUCUAUUGCAAAGAACUGAACGUUUCUUUGACGGAUGAGCAGCUACCCAUGUUCAUUCGAUUGGCAAGUCUUGCAUAUGCAGUGAUCCAAGGAGACGUAUCGCCAAGAUCCAAAAAAGUUGAGAAGGGGGACGAAACAUCGUCGGAGUUCCCGAUCAAUAGCAAUCCUCCUCUGGAUGAUGGCGGCGCUGGCUGGGCAUCAUGGGCAUGGAAUCUAGUCCCAUCUGUGGGAAUCUCCGCCCUGAUAGGAGAUGAAUACGAGCAGACUGUUGAUGGCGAAAUUAUUACAGCGGGUUCGAAUGGAUCCAAAAAUUUCAAGUGCACUUCCUUAUUCGGAUUCUACGUCGACUCCACGCAAUGGACCUUAAAGCGUGCAGAGAAACGGAAUGAAGGGAAGUUCAAAGUGACAUUUGAACCGUUUUGUCGACUGGAACAAACUGGAUCAUUUUUUGAGGCUCUCAGCACUAGCGAUGGUCUUUUUUCUCACGCCAAAUGUGGAUUCGCUCAAGCAAUUCUUCGCCCGCUUCGAAAGUGUCCGUGCGGCGCUGUGGAUACCUUGUUUUCUUCUAUUAGAGCUGAUGGAAAUGGGCUUCCAGAUCGAGAAAUCAACGAAGCGUAUUUAACGUGUGGAAAUUCAUCAGAGAGCAAGGAUUUGCAUGUGAAAGCUUCGCUUUUCGACCCUGAAAAUCCGGAAAUGGCGAUUUUGGAGGUUCCGCUUACUCUAGAGGAACAUUUGGCGAAGUGUUGUGAACUGGAAAUUACUGCGCGGGCUCCUGCAGUUUCUAUGGACUACGUAUACUUCGGAGAGAACGGUGACGAUUCAGCAAUUGUGCAACGAGAAGGUUCUUGGAUGCGAAUGUUCGUCGGUUCUACCGAGUUUUCUGUGGACUCGGGCUGUUUGCAUCGUCUGGAAGUAGCAUUGAAUGCUGUGGCGGACUGUUGGCAAGAAUACAACUAUUCAUCUCGUUUCCCAGGAAAGGCGUCCGGGGAUACAUCGGAUCGGAACGGGAGAGUCGACGAUUUCGAAAAUGCUGAGGAUGCAAUUAAGAAAAUGGAGAAAUGGUUCCCGUUUCGACAUUACCGAAUUUUCAUCAAUGGGCCUAUUGGAAAACUAUAUCCUUUCAUUCAUGGUAAACUGAAGAAGUCUGCGACCUCUGCUAAAAAUGAUGUGCCAUUGACUCCAUUGCCAAAUAUUUCCUCAUUCGAUGUCGGUUGUCGUCACAUCGAAAUUACGAGGAAAACUCCAAUGUUUCCUGACAAAAUACGGAAAGAAAUGGUCUCAGGAUUAGUUUCGACACAGGAUAUAUUGAGUCAUUUCGGUUACGACGCCAUGAAGAUCCUGGUUAAAUCUAUACGAGGAGCUGUUGUGACAGGCGAGCAUUCCGCACUUAUUUUGCAUCCAUCGGAUGCAGUUUACAGUCUGAAUACCUUUGUUUCCGACGACGGUCAUUUUGCGCCGACAGUUCCUCGUCAGAUCGCUGGAAUUACGGUGCACGACUUGAAGUUGCAAUUCACUGUCCCACAGGUGCACUGGCUAUGGCUUCUUUGUCGCUCGCUAUUGUAUCGGCGACGCAUGACGGGUGCGAUGACAGAACAAAAAAUGAUGAACAGCUCGCAGAAAUGUACGCUCACUGUUAGUGUGAACGAUUUUGCUGUCACGCAAUCCUCCACUGUGGGGAAGUUCUUCGCAUACCAUGGAAACUUGAGAAGGCUACGGAUGAUAAUUUCCAAACCGGACACCGAUGGCUGUUCGCGUAUGCUACCUCUCUUCGAAGGCGGUGACGUGACAAACGAAUUGUUGAGAGUGGUAUUGCAAAUUCCUGUGCCCGAAGGAAAGUCUGGCGUUCCCCUUAUAAUUGCGAUGAACGUUUCGCCUGUCCUUGUAUGCUUUGAUGAAACGCUGAUGCCAGAAAUUACCAAGGAAAUAAUACUCGUUGCAAGGGGAACGAAAAGUGGAUCCAAAAAGACGAGGUCAAUGGCAUCAUUUGUGGGAUCUGAUUUUUCCCAAGAGGGCUCUUCAAGUGUCGGCGAUAACCGAUCUGAGUCCUCUGUGCCAUCGAAAGCGCACCAUUCUGCACCAAAAUUUCUAGAUGUACAUCAGAUGCUGUCGCGUGCGACUGUAUGUAUAACAUGCGCUGGCGGGCAUUUGUUAUUGAGGAAAAAUCCUGCGAAGUUGGAAAAUGCGAAGGUGUGGACGUCCAGUGGUUUCUCAGAAACUAUUGAAAUCUUGAAGCGUGGUAAUCAGGCCGAAAAUUCAUCGGUUGAGCUUUUCGUCGUUAAAGUCUCACUACUUAGCCACCAGACGAAGUCGGAUCUGACUCGUCGAUUGCCUUCAUUCCUUCCAGUUCUUGCUUCUUUUGAUGGACAGAUUCUGGAUUCCGAAAAAUUUCCAUUUUCAAUCAGUAUCAUCGGAAUGAGUGCGAACAUUCUUGAUCAAAGCGGUGAUACUCCGUUGAUGCAUCCUACGAGUGCUGAGGGGAGUUUAGUGCAAGCACUCCGCCACACUGGUGUUUGUCUUCAUAUUGACAUGUCGCCAAUCGCAUUCACGCUCAAAGCAGUCCAUUUAUUUGAAAUCGUGACUCGCCUGACCGUCAUUUUGCACUCAAUAAUGGACUUGCUGGAAAAGUUUUAUGUGAAGCCUGCAUCCAAUAAUAUUCAUUCCACUGUUCUUGCACCGAAUCCGGUGCCGACUCUCGGAUUGGGAGUGACUGCGAGAAAGUCCCCGUCCAUGGAUAGUUUGCAUGACAGUGGACAGUGGACGUCCGUUUCCGUAGCCAAAGAGGCGAUAGACAAGACGAGCUCAUCGCCUAUAUUGCGGCUAGGAGACGGUACUCGACGAGAUGAUCAAAUUUCGUUUUGGCUUCAAGGAACUCUUCCCAAAGCAACCUUUGUGCUGUUUUAUGAAGAUGACGAAAGCACGAAAAAAGUUAUCGUUGAAAUUGACGAAUUGAGCCUCUCCUGUGAUUGGCAACUAGUUUUCUACAAACUGAAGCUGAAAAUCAUGGGUCUGAACAUUUUCCACCGUCUCCACGACUAUACUCAGGAUGUGAUGAAAGGCGCUCCAAUUGGAGCAGGAUUUCUUGCGGCUAGCUCAGAAGCGCACCAAUUCCCUCGUGAUUUGCAGUGGGCGGAUGGAUGUGAUGCCUCUCCUUUAUCAAAGCAUGUUCCGCUUGUCUCUGCUCCUCCGUUCCUUCAAAUUACGUUGACCGUGGCUGAUGCGGUAUCAGAUCUCAUGGACCUUGGACUCUUCGAACCUGCUGUAAAAUCAAUAGUUGAAUUCGACUUCAGUUUUCAAGCAUUGGACGUCGUACUCUGCCACACAUGGAUCAAUCCCUUGAUGCAGAAGAUCAUAUUCCCAUGUUCCCAAGCUUCAAAGCGCAAGGAUGUGAAUUUACGUCCGAGAUCUCAAAAGCGUUUAAUCGCUAACGGAAGUUCGUGGAUGUCGCUCGGAGUUUCAGAUUUACCCUUAAUUUAUUUUCAAAUGGGUCUGUCGAGAGUUUUCCUUCCUGACGAAGAUAAUUCAUACGUCUUACUGAACUGCGACAUGACGAGAAUCAAUACAUGCUUUGAUGAUCAUUUGUCGAGGACAAUAUUGCAAGAGGAAACGUACAAAAUGGCGGAGUCUUUUGGAUGUUUAUGUGUCCCCGGAGCUGUGAUCGAGAAUCGCAUGUAUUCCUUGCUGAUUUCAAAUGUCAGCCUCUCAGCUGGGAACUGGAACAAUUUGCUGAAAAACGUUUCUGAACAGGAAACGCGACUUCGAACAUUAAGCCAGGAUCUCAAAAUUAUGUCCGAGAACCCUGCUUUGGAGUGGAAUGUUAGGGAGGACACCGUUCCUCCAAGAGCUGCUGCACUGAAGUACCCGUCCUUGUAUCUGGAAGAGCUCUGGUCAAUAGUGUCUCCGUUUGAUGUCAAAGCUUCUUUCGCACCCGCCAUAUUAUUCUCCGGACAAAUUGUGAGCCCACACUCAAUUGAACUGUCAACUUCCAGCAAUCUUGAAGUCACAAUUGGGCCGAAUCAUAUUGAUACUAUCAUGAAUAUUCAAAAACUGCUUGUGCCUUUGCUGGCGAGAAACGGUUCUGGCACUUCGGAGAAGCACGAGAGGGUCGAGGACUUUGACUUAGGCUCACUUCCGUCGUUCGAACUUUUCCUGACUUCUCGUGGAUUGAAAGUCACAUUAUGCGGAAACUUGAAUUCGGUGAAUCAGGAUGCCGGAUCCUCGAUUCAAGAACCGAAAAACUUGACUUCAGAAGAAGCAAUUUUGGAAAGCUCUCGAGCAUCGUCAGAAAUAAAGCGGAAGGUGAUCCUCACCGGUACCUUACAAGAGCCAUAUUGCAGUGUGAGAUGGUUGCCACUUGACCGUAAAGCCGUCUGGUCAUGUUACGAUAUGACGUGCAAGACAAAUUCGUUUGAUAUUUUGUCCACGAAAACCGGCCAACCGGAUGAACGGACUGGAGUUCUCGCGUCAGUUUUUACUCUGAUGGUUACGGAUAUGCCCGUUGCAGAAAACGGGCUUUCCAGAGCAGCGCUGAAAGUUGAUAUCGGAAGGCCGUUGAAAAUUGAUGGGAGAAGUCAAGUCUUUGGAACUGUCUGGAAUGAUUUGAUGGCCGAUUUCGGAAAGUUUCUCGAAUCUCGAGCGUCGGAAAAAAAUUAUCCUGUGGAAACCUUCAAUUGGAAUCUGAUCGGGGCUUUUGAUACCGAGCUGGAACAAUUGGUUGUCGUGUGGGGCAAUGUUGAGUGUUCGAUGCUGACGGCUAUUCGAGGAGCAUCAUUCAAUAGCUAUUACGUUCCUCCGUCAGGUGACGUACUUACCGGAUUUUAUGAAGCAACCGGAGAAAUUUUGGACUUCGAAAUCUUGUGUCAGUUACAAAACCAACAGAAGAAGUUUCCUUUGCUUUCGCCAGUUUUGAUUGACUUGUCAGUUUUAUUCCCGCGAUGUGGAUCAUUCCCCUUGUCCCAGCUCCCAUGCAGCGGAAAGAUACGCUUAUCGACUGAAGUCUUGAAAAUUUUCGUCGGUGCCCCUCAAGUUUUCUGCGUGGAGAACGCCUGGCAAGCAUUCGCAUUAAAAUCAGCGGAAAAAGCGACUGAAGAAGGCGAAAAGUGUAUUUCUAAAUUUUCUGAUCGGGGAAAGGUUUUGGAGACCUCUGAUGAUUUACGAUCCGGACUAUUGAAGAUUAUCAACGUGGAAGACGCCGAAGUGUUGGCCCCAGGCUUUGUCAUGGUCGACGAAUCGUCCGGAUCAUUGUCAUGGCAUUAUAGAGAACCAAGAGCGAUUUCGAAGCUCGUAGUGACUCCGUUGCCUUUUCUGUCGACUUCGGAAAAUUUUAAAGGCGACGAAGAAAGCGCGGAUGUCGGGAGUUUAACGUGUCGACUGCAGCAUUGGUGUUGGUUUUCAUCUUGUUUCAAGGAUUACACUUCAUUUCGACUGAGCGAGUCUAAUUUCCAAGAAAUUCCUCUAGAUGAAGUUUGCAUUCCGUUUCCCGGUUCAGGGUCUACUAUAGAACAAAAGGAGACGAGGGAACUCGUCGUACCAGUUUCUUCUAUUUGGCGGAUCGUGAUCGGGUAUAGACAUUCCGAUUUGAAUGAGAAAGAAGAGAAAUCUGCUGUUUCGCCGAGAGCGCUUCUUGCUUGUGUUGGAAUUGAUUCAGCUUUUAUCCCGGAAUUGACGCCUGUAUUCGAAAUCGGAGUCAAGAUUGGCUGCUGUAUUGUCGAGAAUGAAAUUUACCGGGAUUUGUCACUAGAUGAGAGAGCGCAAGAAAGGAUUACGAGACAACUCUCUUUCGAGAUUGUUUCGAAUCAAUUUCCGUCUCGUCAGGUCUGGUCUGUGUUGGAGAUCAGUAAUUUCGAUUUUCGUGUCGUCACGAGAAGCGAUGGACGAGAAAAUGAAUGGAUUUCUUCUCACCUUCGCUGCGGAUUGGAGUUGCGUGUGACAAGAGCGUCGCAUUUGACGGAGUCUUGGGUAGCUCGGAUACCUUCGUUGACCUUCGACGCUUUGGUUUUCCUUGCGUCUGGCUUAAGCGACUGCAGGCUCUCGCUUUCGGAUUUGCUCAUCAGAUGGGGAGUUGUAUUGAAUGAAGAAAUUCAGCGUUCGAUGACCGCUUGGAAUGCAUCUCUUAUUGCCCUGAGGAGAAACGUCAGAUCUGAUGCAACUGGAAAAAUGGUUGCCCUCUCGAUGUGCAAGUACCUGAUUUCGAAUUGUACAUCUGAGGAUUUGUCUAUUGGACAAAAUUUUACCGACGAAUGUCUACAUAUUCCUGCUGGAAAAGGAGUUCCGUAUGUUUGGAGGUCCAACAGAGGAUCGAGGUUGCUGAGGAUCAAAUCCGGCGCCGGUUCCCGUUGGUCGGAUCCAUUGGCACUUUCCAAGUCGUUCGGCGUUUCCACGACGACACUCGACGCCGAGAAUCGUGCCGCUUCAUUGAUUGCAAUCUCACGUCCAUUUCCGGGAAUGCGUCAUAUUAUUCAUUUGAACCUUCAAGGCUGUGUCGGGUUUUUCAACCUCAACUUGUUUGCUGUCAAUGCCAUCGUUGAAAGAAACGAACGAACUGAGGUUUGCCACAUUCCUGAUGCAACGAGAAAUUGCAAAGUUGGACUUUCGAGCGUGGCUAUGCCUUUGGAGGAGCUGAGCUGUGUGAGGUUUGAUAAGGACGGGAACAGCAGAAUCGAUUGUUCAAAGGUGGCUGUGGAACGCCUGACGACCGGAACUUGUACUUUCAUUAGAAAAUCUUUGGCGUUGAGGACUGCCGAAAGUGACUCAACAGUCAAUGUCUGUUGCACGAUCGUACGAGAUGGAGGAGGAAUGGGAUUUCCGCCGAGAAUAGUUUUCAUCUUGAGUCCGAUGUAUGCGAUAAAAUCAAUUAUGCCGAGUGAAUUGGAAGCAGUCAUUUUAACUCCCGCUCGGGGACAAGUGAAAAAAGUGCAAAAGCUUCCUGCUUGUAAACAAGGCUCCUUUCUGGAAACGGAAGCCGUAGUGCUGAAUUGUCCGUUUGGUGUGGAUGCAAAUCAUCAGAUAUCUUUUCGGUACAAUAGCGAAGAAUGGUAUGCCUCGGUUCCGCUGUCGCCCGAUAUGAUCCAUCAAGUGGGAUAUCCUGAUGCUGGAAAAAUUAAUCCGGACUUGUCCGAAAUGGAAACUGUGGAAGAACCUGGAUUGUGUGUUGAACGAAUCCUCGAAAGCUUACGAGAACGUCAAUCGGUCCGGAAAUGGGAUGAAAGUGGAUGCGUGGAGAAUCGUGAACUAGGGAAUGAAAGCGAAAGUUCGACGAGGGUUGUGGUGCAGCCCCGUGUUGAUUUAAAGGUGACUUACGAACGUUUUUGGCCGUAUCUCAACACACUAUUACUUGAAGUGAGACCAGAAUUGGUGAUAGCGAAUAAUUUGAAAUCUGGAUGCAGCUUUGAAAUCAUCGCCAUGUCUGGAAAAGCUCUUCCCGUUGCUGCAGACUCGAUUUCAAUCUGCCCGAAGUUCGAGGAACCCUUUGAUUUGAUGGCCGUAGACGCAACUGGAGUGGUGUCAGACUGGAGGAAGCGAUUGGUACUUUCUUGGCAAGAACCGCGUUUAGUGGCUCCUCCAGCUAAACCAACAAGUCCUGGUGAAAUUGCCUCUGUCCGAGCGUUGGUAGAUGAUGAUGAGCAGCUCAACGUGCCGAUGACCUCGACUGUUUUGUUGCGCAUGCUGAGGCUUGGGAAAGGCCGCCUUACACAGGUUUUAGAUUUAGCUCUAUCAUCAAGGAAGAGUGAUGGAGUUCGGGUGAUUGCUGUGGAACCAAGAUGGUUUUUCACGAACUAUACCAAUGAGCCCAUCAUGAUCCAAGGUUUCCGUUGUGCUGAUGAAAAUUUCGAUCCAGACAUAUGCAUGGUUUCGUCGCCGUGCAAAACUGUACUGUCGCCGGAUCGUUCGAAAGCGACUCCGAUAUCGUCUUGGAUACUUCAUGGCGACCCAGAUUCCCCGAGUGACUGUUACGUCAAACUAAGUCUCUCAUUCGUGGACCACGAGGCGUGGGCAUCAAUUCUGAUCGGGUCAGAAAACGACCUGAACAAAGAUACUCUUGGAAUGAGGAAACAUGUUGUCGUUGGAACAGACAUUUUGGUUGUGGCUGUCGUGCCUUCGGACGAUGGAGUAAGAAUCAAUGUUGCCGUUGGAAACGAGUUGAAUCCCGCCGUUGUGGUGCAUAAUACAUUUUGCGGGCAAACGUUUCGAUUUGCUUCACUUACUGACAAUCAACGAGAAGUUGAAGUAGCGUCCGUGAUCAAAAUUCCGCCUGCUGCCUGCAUUCCGUGUGCGCUGGAAACCGAAGAUGAGGACUUCGCGAAUGGCACGCUUUCAAAAACUGCUGGAGGAGUGCGGAAAUUCGCUCUUUCUGCCCUUGUUAAUGACGAGUGGUCCGAAUGGGUAGAAUUCCGGCAGUCAGACGAUGAGGCUGAAGCCGGAGUUGGAGCACAGUUCUUGCGUCUAGUCUCAGGGGUCGACGUGCAAAUUGGCAUUGAAAUGUCCGGCUACACGAGGCAUUUGUUUUUGUUGCCAGUGCACAGAAUAGAAGUGAGGGCCUCAAGUGUGCGAAAUCGCAUUGGUUCUGCGGAUGGCAAACGAGAAUCCCCACCAAAGGAAGAAUUGAAGUUGCAAACGUCAGAACCGGAUCGGUGGAUGCAAGUCUCCAGCAGAUGGGUUACUUCCGGGCGAAUCGUUGUUUCUCGACUAGUUGUGACGUUGCUGGACGAUUUCACGGAUGAAUGGCGCUCACUGGAUUGCUUUUCACUUGUUUUGAUUCAAGCCAGUUUAGCUUGGCGACCGCAAUUCAAGUACUCACAGAGCUUGAGACUUCUCCGAGACAAACCGAGGGAAUUCCUCGAGGUAUCAUUCAUCACCAAAGACCUGCAGUUUGAGAAUAGUUUGGCAAGAAAUGAGGAAGCGGGUUCGGGCAGUUUUGACUUCCCUAUUAUCAUUCAAACGAGAUCGAGCAGUAAUUCUGCUAAAUUUGGCAACGAUUUGAUCACGAUGCAUUUGACGCUGGAACCAGUUACCGGACCGAAUUCCAGAGUAGUCAUGAAACGUUUCAGAAUGUCUUCUGCUCCGAUCACUCUUCGCUUGGAAGAUGUUAUGUGGAGGAAAUUGGGAGAAGUUACUGAUCACCUGUUAAGUUGGCAUUCGUGCAUUCCAGUCGCCAAAAUUUCGGCAUCUGAAGUACCUGAGUCGGUUGCACAAGUGUUCGGUGGUUUUAUGGACCCGUUAUUCUUGGAAGAAUUUUCGAUUGAGGCGCUGACAGUUGAAGUUAGUGUUCAUGCAUCAGUCAAGCUGUAUCUGGCUAUCAACCAGUCUAGCUUGAAUUUUUCGGCAUUCCAAAGACGUGACAUCCGUUGCCUCACGUUCAAGCUUGGGAAAGAAGUUAGCAGGCAUUAUUUUUUCGGGGCCGUCGUUCGAGCCGCUAUUCCGUCGUCGUCAGGUUUCGUGUUGGGCUCGUUGGAUUUGCUCGGCAGCCCGAGUGUCCUUAUGAGGGAAGUAAAAGAGGGGAUAAAGGAUUGCAUCGCUUUGCCUUAUCAAGCCAUGUUCGGAGGUCCAAGAGAAUUCGUCAGAGGAUUGAGUGUGGGCACGAAGUCACUACUGCAGCAUGUGACAUCUGGAACCUUGUCAUCGUUCACCAAUAUGGCUGGAAGCAUGGCUCACAAUUUGGAAGCUUUAUCGUGGGAUGAUGAACACAGAAACAGGGCGCUGAAUGCGAGACGAUUAGUUCGAAACAAAGGUCUAAUUCAGGGGUUCCAGUCGGGGCUUUCCGAGUUCGGAAUAUCGCUGUUGGGAGCCAUUGGUGGAAUUGCUCAUCACCCACUUGAAGCUGUAAUGGCGGAGUCAGACGCGGAUUCAUCUGCAGAGAAACCUCAUUUGACGACGUCAGUCGUAGCUGGACUUGGUAAAGGCCUAGUCGGCUUUGUUACGAAGCCGCUUGGAGGUGCUGCUCAUUUGUUGGCAUCAACUGGACAAGGGCUUUUGCAAGCUGCGGGAUGGGGUCCAAAAAUGACGCAUUAUUAUGAAGAAGCUGGGAUUCAUCGAGAGGAAGAUGCUCACCAUGGACUCCUGUGGCCGUGCUGGAAAAUUUCCCCACUCACGGAAAACGCAGACACUGAUGCAAUCGGAAAUCCCUUUGUCCUAAUUGAAGUUACGAGAGUUGAGAAGUGUAGUUCUCCUGGUGAAGAAGUAGCGGUUGAAGUAGUGUACUCUCAAGUAUCUCUCUUCCUCGCUGGAAACAUUCUUGUUGUGAUUGACGACACCUUGCAAACUGUUCUGAACGUCUUUGACAUGAGAAAAUUGGAAUGGCUCGAAGACGAUGAUCCCACGUUGAUAGGGUUCAAAUUGCGGCGAUGUGAUGAGCCGUGGGUCGACGAGGAAACUAAAUUGCACGAUUUGGCCAAAGAAAGAGUGGAAGCGUACCUCCUGGCAACGGCGAGCAAGGGAUGGAGAAAGGCCCCGACGUCGGUUUUUCGUAAAACGCUGGGAACCCUGAAGGCAGUCGCUAGUUCAACUUCUGCUGGCGAUGCCCUCGAACCUGUUGAAUACAGGGAAAAUCCGGAAUCUGCGAUGUAUCCUGAUGGAUGGCCGACUGUGGACGACAAAUCUCAUUGGUUCCACGUCUCCCCGAGGACCCGGAGAAUGAAGAGCAUUCCAAAUCUGCUCUUGCGGCUGCAAUUACGAGACGGAAGGCCGCGGAGAUCCAGUGCCGACCCCAGUGAUGGGCGGCGACGCGAUACUCGACGGUCACAGAGCACCAGUCCUCCUGAUGACCGUCGCAGCAACCACGAAUCGAGAGGUCACGCAGCUAUGGCUGGUCGGCAUAGAAGGAGUCGGUUGCAUUGGUGGACUGGAGGGGAUAAUAUAGGGCGAAGAUCUGAUGAGCCACCUUCAUGUCUUCGACCCGUUGAAUUUGGCGCCGUCGUGAUUUCUUCUGGAACUUCUUCUUUGAUUGGGUCGGAGGGUGAAUCAUCAUCGCCGUCCUCAGGUGCUACACAAGUGUUAUCUAACCCGGAAGAUUCUUCAUUGGGUAAUCCGCUAUGUGAGGAAACAGGAGAUUGUGCUUCAAAUAUAGAGCGCGUGAAAGAUUAUGGUUGGUACUGGGGGCCGAUAAGCUCAACAAUGGCGGAAAACGUUUUGAGUGAAGAACCGGAUGGGUCGUUCAUUGUUCGAGACUCGUCUGAUAGUCAUUAUAUAUUCUCGUUGUCCUUCAAAUUUUGCAAUAACAUCAAGCAUGUGAGGAUCGACCAUGAUCACGGAAAUUUUAGUUUUGGCUCGUGUUCUAAGUUCAGAAGCAGAACUAUUGUGGAUUUUGUUGAAAAUGCGGUUGAACAUUCGAGAAGCGGACGAUUUUUGUUCUUCUGGCAUCGGAGAGCUGGACAGAGUCCGCUGCAAGUGCAGCUGAUAAACCCGGUGUCAAGAUUUGUGAUAGUUCGACAUCUGCGCAAAGAUCUCAUUCCUCAACUACCGUUGCCUGGGAAACUGAAGGAAUACCUCAGCUGUCCGCAUUAUUAUUUCGAGGGUUUGACGCCAGGACCGUUCCGAAAAGCCGACGCCGAUGAACCCGAAGAAUCCCACUGA